AUGCGCAGUACUGAACAGUUGGCCCCCACGUUGACCCCACUGGACCCUGAUUCAGACCGGCGCUUUUCACAAUACGAGUACUCUGUCCCUGGCCCUGUACAGAAUCAGCCUACUUUAAGUCGGUCACAAAGUCAACGUCAGAAAUCUUUACGUGACGGACCGACUGUCAACGUGGUCGCCCCUGAAAACUCGCGCAAAAAGGGCUUAAUUUCAUCUGUCGAGCGCAGCAUCUCUGUCAAGGGCAAAACAAUCUCCCUUCCCAUCUCACAACCUACCUCACCCGGAAUUUUAAACCCAGAGAUCCUGAACGAGUCCGACGAGUUUCCACUGCGGCAUUCCUACUCGGAGAACUCCUCACCGGUGAUCGCACCACAAUCUCCCCACCAACAAUCCCAGGCUCAGCGACCUCCCAGACCUUCCCAUCCUGCUCACGCACAAGACAACCCCGAGUGGUCGCAGCAAACCGUGCAACCACUUUAUACCAAAAUACAGCGAUCCAAUACCGACCCAACCCUGCUUGAACAGUACGUCCGACCGUCGCCUGCCGAUAGUGUCCCCGAAUCACCACGAUACGCGCCGGAACAUAUUCAUCGGGGGCAGCAUUUACCCCCUGCCCAGGACCUGGUAUUGAAUACCCGGCCCCCAUCCCAGCAGACUCACGAGCCGCUUUCCCCGUUACAGUCCGUUUAUCCUGACGCCAUGCAGUCUUCCGCGCAGGCACAAACCCAGGGUCAAUUUCACCAGUUGGACAGACAGAGAUCCGCAGGUUCGCCAAAACAGGAACGGAGUCAACAAGAUCGGAGUCAGCAGGAUCGGAGUCGGCAGGGUAGUGUGUCAAACAACAUGCCUGAUCCCGGACGGAGCACACCCACCAAUACACACCGCCGCGAGGAUUCCGGAGAAGUGGACGUGCGGGCAUUGAUCCAGAAGCACGAUGAACUCCAGGCCAAGUAUUCCAAGGUGAAACGAUACUACUUUGAGAAAGAUGCGCAGGUUCAGCAUCUCCAGAACACGGUAGCGCACCAACGGAUGGCGGUGUCGCGUACCGUACUUGACGAUAAUGAAUACACCAGCCGAUUCCAGCGACUCGAUGGAGCGAUUAAAGAUCUGGCAUUCUCCGUGCGCAAAGACUGGCGCUGUAUUCCAUCGUGGCUGAAUGGAAUGGUCACCGACGAUGCUUUAGCGGUCGGCACGAAAGAAAUGACCGCGGUCGGCCGGGCGGUAAUCAGCCGAUGGCUAGUAGAAGAAGUAUUCCAGCGUUAUUUCCAUCCAUCCUUGGAUCCGACAUUCAGUGUGCAACUGAAGAAUAUCGAAAUGAACCUGCGACGGCAGCGACCGUCAUCCGAUGAAGACCGCGAGAAUGCCUCCGCCAGACUCUCCUACUGGCGUCGCACGACCUUCGACGGAUUGACUGAUUCCUUAGUUGGACCUGAGGCCGAAGAACAUCGCAUUGACCUAGUCGAGACUCUAAUCGUGGAACUCGCUACCUUUAUGGGAUCCCAGCUUCACGAAAUCGCGCUUCCGGGGCUAGAAGCAAGCGUGCGAAUGAUCAUUGAGAACUCAAUCAACAUCAUCGAAAAAAUCCCUCUCGAAGCCCGUGAUGUCUGUGUCGAUUACUUCCCACCGGGCAUCUCCCUCGCCGAGCAAUACAUGAAGGUCGAAGGCCAAUUACCCACACUGAGCCACCCGCCCCCACCACCCUCAGACCAAGAGCAGAUAGAGGAGCCUACCGCGACAGAGGGAGAUGCCUCAUCCGGCUCAACCGUGGGAGCGAUGGAAAGCGCCUCACAGACACAGCAAAAGCCCUCGAAGAAGUCCAUAUUUGGCGGGUUGAUAAGCCGCAAGCAUGCCGUCAGCGAGAACAGUCGUCCGGCGCCGGCGCCCGGACCGACCGAAGAAAAGAAUGAGCCUGUAGAGGUGACUCCGAGCAGCCCGCACAUUCGGUUCGCAGCGUUCUUGGCCGUGGAAGUACGCGGCAAGGGCCCUGCAACGGUGCUGAUCAAGUCGCCCGUGUGGCUGGUGGAAUAA